AUGUGGGGCGGUAGUGAGCCACCACCGCUGUAUCCGUCCUACGGCUACAACGACUGCUACAACUGGAACGGUGCCCGGUGGGUACUGGCAGCGGAAGGUGUCGUACCGCCGGAAGCGGUCGUUGCAGGCUACGAGGGCGAAACGACCUACAUCGGAAGGGCCAAGCAUCGGAAAGCGAUUGUCCCGGGGCGGGUGAUACCAUCGAAGAAGGCCUGUCUGAUCGUGUCCGAGGGGUUGGAGCACGUCGUUCACGACUAUCAGGUGCUGUGCGGGUACGACGGGCGGUUCGUGCAGACGAGCGGCGGGUACUGUCCGAUAGGGUCCCUGCAGGGUGGCGUGACCAAGCGCGGCAAACCGAUAUUCAUCGGGUUGGUGCGCAUGGGGCUGGUGACGGUGGUCGGAAGCAUAGUGCCGGACGAGUUUUGCUGCCAGGCCGUAGUUAAUGGAAUUCUGAGAAGAUUCAACGAUUACGAAAUUUUCGUGUCCAAAGCGGAGUAUAAGGGUGCCUUUGAUGAGUCUUAA